UUUUAUGAAUUUUCAUUCUUCUUGAUGCCCAAAGGCCAAAGCAACUCACCGCGACAGCAGUCGGCGGGAAUGAAAUUGUCACCGGUAUUUCCCUAAGGAUUUAUUUUGUCAAUGGAGGUUUUGGCAUCCUCGAAAUUGCCGAAUUAUCAGUAAUAUUCCAUUUUCUCAGAUCUUUACAUUUCUUCCUUCCUACUAAAUAUCUCUAUUUCUUCCCUAAAAAUCCUAAACACUUAAAAGCCUGUUACAGAAACAUCAGGUCACAAAUAUCACAUUCGUUACGCUUUACGACCUUCCAUCUCUGUCUCGCAUGUAGUUGUCUUUUCGAAUUUGCAUGGAGAGAAAGGAGAUGAAGGAAGGCUCGGAGAGAGAGAGGGAAACGGAGGAUGAUGGAAGCUCAAAUAGGCCUUCUCUUAAAACCCGCCGUCACUUCAAUAAUUACGACUUCUGGAAACGCAAGCUUAGAGAGAACUGUUACAAGAGGGUCCGAGAGGACCGAACCCGCUUGCUUUGGAAAUUGAGGUUGCCCUCUAACACUGCUUUUCAUUCUCUCAAUCACAACCAGAACCAAACGGACUUAGUCAAAUCUACUUUUGAGGACAUAGUUUCUGAUGAACUCAAAAAGAUUAAGGACUCAUCAAUGAAUGGUUGUUUGAAGUUUCCAACUUCUUCCCCCGAGGCCAAUGAUGUGUUAUGGGAAUAUGAUGGCCUUCAUAAUGCUUAUGAAGGCGAAUGUGAAGAAAUUUUGUUAGAAAUGCAAAGGAUCUUUUAUGAGGAUCGUACGGCAGAACCAACUAGAAAAGAACCUGAUAGACAUAUUGAAACGUGGGAAGAUGAAGAAGAUGAAUACUUGGCCCGUGCAGUUUAUGAGCAUAUGCAGCUCAACGAUGAGCAGGUAAGCAAGAAGAUUUGGUGCCCCAUAUGCAAGCAAGGAGAGUUGCUAGAGAAUUACUAUCUCAUAUAUUGCACUCUUUGUGAACUUAAACUCAACAAAGGCAAUGAGGUAAACUUGGAUUUGUUGCGGGUUCGGCUAGCAGAAGUCCAUGCAGAACAUCUUGAUCGGGGUUGCAGAUCGAAACCCAAGUUUUGCAUGGAGACAAGAUUUGAAUUAACUGCGUUGUACAUUUGUUGUGUGAGUUGCAAGAUAUUUGAGGUUGUAAUAUAGUAUCUAUACUCCAACUUGAUAAUUAUAAUUUGAAUAUAUUCUCAAGCCUUCUGAUCUUGUUUAGUUGUCUGUCCUAUCAUUUUGGUUAGCUUUGAUUGAGACCUUUACCCACGAUUGCUACUGUCAAGUUGUGGGCUGGAGCCCAAUGUCAGUGUAACCGUUUUCUUCAGUUAUUUGAGGUUGUUUUUAA